AAGAGAAGGGGUGUCGUUUGGGGUUUUGUGGAAUAAAUGUGAAAGAGAAAUCGUUUUGGAAAAAGAGAAAAGAGUGAUUUGGUGGUGAAAUUAAAUGAGUAGGGUGAGAGAGAGAGAGAGAGAGAGAGAGAGAGAGAGAUAGGGUUUUGAUAAUAAAUGCUGUUAAAAAUUAAAUAUAAGAAGCCGUUUGUUGUGCCCUUUCCCUGUCUAACUCUCCGCUGCAUUUAUUUGCAGACAUGGAGAGAGAGAGAGAGAGAGAGAGAGAGAGAGAGAGGGUAAUAGUAUUACCAGUUGACCUUUAUUGUUUCUUCUAAUUUUAUUUUAUUUUAUUUUUUUGGACUUGAAAAACCUUUAUAUAUAUAUAUAUAUAAAUAUAUAUCAUUUCCUGGUCUUGUUACUCAUUUUUUUUUUUUUUUGACUCUCUCUCUCUCUCUCUCUCUCUCUCUUACUAUUCCACAAUCCUCUCUGUAUUUUUUCUCCCUCUGCCUUGGACUUUCUCUGAUUAAAGAGUUUUAAUUACUCCUUUAAUUCAACUACGUUGUAUCUCUUUCUCUGUUGCUUCAGGAGCUAAGGUGGGAAAGUGAGCUCUGCCGUUUCACAUCCUCUGAUCAACAAGCAGGACCCAUGCUUGAAAAUUUCUCUUGCUGUAGCUCUGAGGAUCUCUGCUGCCGUACCCUAUCAGUAAACCAUGAAACUUGAGAGAGAACAGUUGUUUGGACACAUAACUCUAAGCCGUAAAGCAGAUUCUAAAUCUUUAGAUUACAAUGAGAAUAAUCUGGACUCUACAGGAUUGAAGUCAGGAAAUCGGGUAAUUAAGGAAAAUCAGAAGAGGCUGUUAUUUGAUUUGAAGGACAAUGAGAGGGAUGCAGUUCAAUUAUCAUAUCUGAUGAAGGCAGGAGAUGACUUUGAUUCAUCAAAACUUGAUUGUUCUAAGAGUGUGGAUGAGUCAAUAGCUCACAGGGAAUAUAAGGUUACAGAUUUUGGAGCAAAAUUAGACAAGGAUUCGGAGUUUUAUAUGGACAAAAGUGUUAUGGAAUGUGAACUACCAGAAUUUCUAGUUUGUUACAAAGAGAGUAAUAAUCAUGCUGUGAAGGACAUCUGCAUUGACGAGGGAGUGCCUUCGCAGGACAAGAUCUUGUUUGAGAGUAGUGUAAAUGACAAGGAUGGGUGCACCUUUGUGUUUCCUGACAAUGAUCAAAAUAAACAAGUGGAAAUUCAUAUUCCAACCAAGUUCAAAUCUUCUGUAAAUUCGGAGAAAUAUGAUGUCAAUUUUUGCGAGACCAAGGAUUUGAUGCAGAAAGGUGAAGUAAAAUACAAUGCAACGGACAAGAAUGCAAAUGAUGUCUCAAAGGAGAAGAUUUUUCCAGGAAAUGUACUUUUGAUGCAAGAGUUGGGAAGAGAGAAGUCACAGUCCAGGUCUACUAAUAACGAAAGAGUUGUGGCUGAACAACAGACUUUUCAGAUCUCGAGUGAAAUUACAAAUCCGGUGAGCACUUCUUUGGUUUCAGCAUCUGAAGAGUCUGAUAACAGAAGUGGGAGAGGAUUACCAAGCUCAACUCCUGUUUCUGUAGCUGAAUUAAACAAUAUCAGCCUUGGCAAUGAGUUUUUUUACAACAAUAAUGUGGAAAAAGGAAGCAUCACAUUUGAUUUUGACUCUUUAGCAUCCAUAGCUAUUUCUAAAGAUGAGUGUCCUUAUGAUGGCUCUUUUAAUUGCCCUGAAACUCAAAAUAUGACUCCGGUUGAUGGUGAGAAGAUUGAUAAGAUUGAUACACGGGGUGUUUCAAGCCAAGAUCACGAGGGAUUAGCACCUCCAUCUGUAACCAGAGGGAAGUGUCCUCAAAAUGGUGGCUGUGGGUGUAUUGGAACUUCACACGUGUCUAAGGUUGAUGAUGAGAUUUCCGACAUAAAGAUUCCCUCCAGUCAAGUUCAAAAUGAAUUACCCAGAGACGAUUGUCCCCAAAAUGGUGACACUGCAUGUUGUGAAACAACAAAUACCUCCGUUGUUAAUGGGACUUCUGACGCACAGGUUGUUUCGGACAAAAUUCAUCAUGGUAUAGACAGAGAGGAAUGUUCUCAAAAUGUUGUUUGUGGAUGUUGUGAAACUCGAACUAUGCCCAUUCUUGAAGAUGAGAUUCCUGGUUCAUCGACUGUUUCAAGAACUAAGCCCAUACUUGAAGAUGACAUACCUGGUUCACAGACUGUUUCAAGCCGAUUUCAGUAUGGUCAGGGAGAGUCCAGUUUCUCUGCGGCUGGUCCUUUGUCAAGUCUUAUAAAUUUUUCAGGUCCAAUAGCUUAUUCUGGCAAUAUCUCACUUCGAUCGGAUAGUAGCACCACCAGCACCCGAUCUUUUGCCUUCCCAGUUUUACAAUCUGAAUGGAAUAGCAGUCCAGUUAGAAUGGCGAAAGCUGAUCGGAGAAAUUUUCGAAAGCAUAGGGGUUGGAGGCAGGGCCUUCUUUGCUGUAGAUUCUAAAUGCAUCUAUUAUAUCCAUAAUUAUUCAGUCGAGAUAUAUAUAGAUGAACGAUAAUUUUCUGUGAUUUUAUCAUUAAUACAUCAUCUUCUCUCUCUGCUGGUUUGCAAUGUGCAGUAGGUUAUGCAUUAUCAUGGUUUUGUUACACAUGCAAUUUGAGGUGUAAGCAAUAUCAUUUUUUUUUUUCUUU